AUGGCGGACGGCGACAGUGGGAGCGAGCGCGGCGGCAGUGGCGGCGGCGGUGGUGGUGGUGGCAGUAGCAGUGGCGGCGGUGGCGGCGGUGGAGGAGGGGGGCCUGGUAGCUUCCAGCCGGCUCCCCGCAAUAGUGGCGGCGAGCAGGAGACGCAGGAGCUGGCGUCUAAGCGGCUGGAUAUCCAGAAUAAGCGUUUCUACCUGGACGUGAAGCAGAACGCCAAAGGCCGCUUCCUGAAGAUCGCUGAGGUGGGCGCUGGCGGCUCCAAAAGCCGCCUGACGCUGUCCAUGGCGGUGGCCGCCGAGUUCCGCGACUCGCUGGGCGACUUCAUCGAGCACUACGCGCAGCUGGGGCCCAGCAGCCCUGAGCAGCUGGCGGCGGGCGCCGAGGAAGGCGGCGGGCCACGGCGCGCGCUCAAGAGCGAGUUCCUGGUGCGCGAGAACCGCAAGUACUACCUGGACCUCAAGGAGAACCAGCGUGGUCGCUUUCUGCGCAUCCGCCAGACAGUCAACCGCGGCGGCGGCGGGGGCUUCGGUGCGGGUGGCCCCGGGCCUGGCGGCCUGCAGAGCGGCCAGACCAUCGCACUGCCCGCCCAGGGCCUGAUCGAGUUCCGUGACGCCCUGGCCAAGCUGCUGGAUGAUUACGGUGGUGACGAUGACGAGCUGGGCGGUGGGCCCGGGUCCGGCGCGGGAGGCCCCGGAGCUGGGCUAUAUGGGGAGCAGCUGCCCGAGGGUACGUCCAUCACGGUGGACUCAAAGCGCUUCUUCUUCGACGUGGGUUGCAACAAGUAUGGGGUGUUUCUGCGAGUGAGCGAGGUGAAGCCUUCCUACCGCAACGCCAUCACCGUGCCACUCAAGGCCUGGGGCAAGUUUGGAGGCGCCUUCUGUCGCUACGCCGAGGAGAUGAAGGAGAUCCAAGAGCGACAGCGGGACAAGCUCUAUGAGCGUCGCGCCGGGGCCGCCGGGGACGACUCGGAUGGGGAGGAGGUGGAUGAGGACUGAGAGGGCCACCCCCCCUCGGCCAGAGGGCCCCCCGCCCCCGGCCUGCUCUCACCUCCGUGAGCCAGUGCAGAGGGGGCUCACAGUAAGACAACGCUAGAGUUAAAAGAAGUAAUUCUACGAAACCGUAACGGACAAUUAGACACGCAGUAAACUUCCCCGAGACCGGCAGCAACCUGCGAAGAGAGAGAGGGCAGAGCGUCCCCCCACCUAUGCGAGAAUCUCAGCUUCUGUUCUCCACCCCACCCCACCUCCCCAGCAAGGUUCCGUAUCCUGGAUGGGACAGGCCUUCCUUCCAACGUCUGGGCCCCAAAACGCAUCUAAUCUACCCAGACCCACCCAUCGAGGCUAGUCGAGUUUGUGGUGUUCCUGGGUAAUCUUAAAAACCCCUCCGCAGGCCUCGCCAUCGUAGUGUCUGUCUCCUCACCGCCAUUGAAAUCAGCAUUUUGGAUCUAGAUCUUCAUGGAAUUCUUGAGAAGGAAGAGGCCUUUGCAGUUACCCAGUUCCUGAGGGUACAGGUUGAUGAAAAGGAAUGCAACUUUACACAAUCAUGGACAGGGCAGAAUAAGAAUUCAGGAAGGCAUUGGUGAAUGCAGAAACAAACUGGAUCUAUUUAAAAAAAAAAAAAAAUGGUUUUGCAUGGAACCUGGUCCCGGCCCAUGUCUUUGCAGAAUUGUUUUCCGGGAUGCAAAUGAAUUCAGAUAUCAACGCUUGAACUAGAAUCCAUUACUAAAGUAGUUUAAAAGCUGGCAAAGAAAAUUCUUUCCAAAACAAAAGCAAUUUUACGUUGGGGAUUGCUGAGGUAGGCACAAGAAGUCAGACAUAAAGCACAAGGGAAAGUGUUUGAGUGGAUUGGUUGCUGCUCACUAAAGAUUCUUCCCAUGGAGGUCAUUACCAAGAGAUGGCCUCGGUGUGAAUGAGAGCCAGUGAAUAUGGCUAAUUGGGCUGUUCGGCCACUGGUUGGCUGCAUUUUCACCUGUAAAACUUGAUGAUUCUCUGCAAAAGGAACAGUGUGGCUGUAAGCCUGAGCUUUAAUGGAGUAUACGCCCUCACAGAGAAGUUGGAACAACCAAAACUGAAGUCUUAAUUUGCCUUCAGUGUAAUCUGUGGAUUUGUUCAAACACUAAAGAUCCUCAGGUCAAGAAUUCCAGCAUCGUUUAUCGUUUUAAUAUCAAUUUUUAAGAACUCGAUCCAUCGUAUCAGUACCUCACAAUCAGUUGGCAAGGAUGAAUGAGUGAUUCAAGCAGCGCCUGGUGGAGGUUGGAGUCCAUCUGCGAGUGGAACCGAAGAACGCUGACUAUAUCCUGGACGCAUUUUAUACCAUCAUGAAAUCUCAGCACACUGGCACCUGCCAGUUUAUCCAGCUGUCUUUCAAGAAUAAAAGUUGGGGUUUUCAAGGAUCGCCUCUUCUGUAUUUUAAAUGGAUUCUCAGUAGAAAUGAUUUUUACUAAUCAAGUUAAUCCCACCCCCAUCAAAAGGUAUUCCUAGAAAUGUCACAGACCUAGGCGACUUUGAAUCGAAUGGAGCGAAUGUUCAGGUAUCCUUUGUGUGACACCUUACCAACCAGGAGGCAAGGAACCCCACCUCCACAAUCUUGGUAUUUUUUUUUUUUUAACUGCAUGCCUGCCCUUUAUUUGAGCUGCCUUUUUAAUUUAUUGCAUAUCCUCUUUAUUAUCUUAUUUUGGUAUUAUUCGAUCUAUACAAUCUUUUUGUAUUUAUUGGGAAAUAAGUAAUAUACAAAAAGGUCAUUUUCAUGUAUUUGUGGCUGAGAGGCAGGGAAAUAAUUGUGUAUAUAAAAUUAGGCUUUUUUAAAAAAAAUAGACUAUGAUUCAAAAUAUUGUUAAUCCUCGAUUUUGAAAGGUAGAGGAGCCACAGACAUCGGUGCCCUUCUCAGACUAUUUCUCUACUCUCAUCAUCCACACUAAGAUUUUUAAACAGAUUUUUUUAAAGCUUUUCUUUUAAAUUUUUCUCCGUUGCAAAGAAUGUUUCCUAAAUUGUAUGGGAGCAAUAGUAUUUUUGAUGUUUUAAUGACAUCUGUAUACUUGUACUGUAUUUUGUACUACAAGGCAGCUGUUUUCAAUAAUGUCCUGCUGUAUUUACCUAUGUGUUUUGAGUGUUUCUUUCUUUGCUGCGGAGAACAAAUUCCUAGUUUAGUAAAGGAGCUGAGAAGCUAGCAUUAGGUUUGCAGAAACUGUUUAAGUUUCAACUCUGAGGCAGCAAUGAGAAUUAAGGUUGCAGCUAUUAGCUGAUUGCUGUAACUUUUUCAUUUUCAAACCAUGUAUGAUUCCUGUAUAGACCAACUUGUUUUCUUGCUUCAGUGGUGGUUCUGUUGCUCAGCUGCAGUGAGCCAGUUCGAUUUUGCAAAGGUGCAGUUACCUCUCCUUUUCAAGGGGUUGGUGUAUUUUUUCUUUUUAUUUGGCUGAAUUGCAGUAACUAGCCUUGCCUUUCUAUUCUGUAGAAAUGACAGGGUCUUCACAAUCCUUCACCAGUGGCUACUAAGCUAUAAUUAGCUGAAUAGAAAGAAUGUGGAAGUGGUCUGAGGCAUAUAGAGUAUAUGCCAAGAGCACUACCAUAUAUGGCAUCAGCUUUGGUUACCAGAGAAGUUUUCUUAGUCAUUAGACCAUGUAACAGUAAUAUAUCAUAUGUAAAUCUUUAGGUAUCAAUUUGAGAAUCCUCCAAAAAAAGGAGCAAAGAAUGCGUAAGCUAUGUGUUGGCAAAAGUAAUUUAUAUUAAAAUUUUGACCUGCCUAUGUAAGAUGAAGUGGUAAAUGUCAUAGUGGUGGGUUUUUAAGUCUUAACCAAUCUCUAAGGUUUCUCUCUCCUGCAGGGGGUGGUUCAUGGCCUCUCUUCCCACUGCAGGAAGAUUGCAGAAGGAUGUGGAUUAAUUGUGACGUUCCACUGAUCCUCAUUCCAGUGACUAGGGACAAUAGAGAAAUCUGCAAAACGUGGAGUAGUCGUUCAUAAGUAACUAGUUCCAGGCAGACCAUGGCAUCCUGCAACUGUCGUUCUGUCUUAACUGCUAGGACAAACAAUUUAGAGGUCGUCUUUUUUUAAAUUUGACAAGCGGCCCAGCUAAUGAAAAUAGUUACAUUCCUUAGAAGCAGGGAACUAAAACUCCUUUUCAAAUGAUUGGUGAAAGGUUUGUUUCUCGAAGUACUGUAGCGACAGAGCUAAGUCAGAUAUUAGAGAUGAUCAGGAGAGUGAAAGUCUGUGAAGAGAUCCUACCACUCUUCCCUGGAUCCUGUUGUCCCUCCCCAUCAUUUCAGCAAGUGGAACGGCAGUUCUAGUCAGCAAAUUUCUGUGCAUAUGCUGCACGAAACAAAGUAUAAAUCUGCAUGGUACCAAAAAUCAAAGUGAAACCAAACCAAAAACCCAAACACCCUAUGUAAGUGUGAGGCACUUAGGUGGUAUAAAGGACAGUAGCUGUGAGGCACACAUGCUGCUUGUCAUGUCACUUUCCAUAAUUACUUACUGCAAAGUGAUUGAGAGGCUUUUGGUGCAGGCAGCCAUUAACCUCCUGCUUCCUUUUUUACCUCUGGAUCACUUUGCAGUAAAUUGCAGGUCUUUUAAAAGAUUCACGCUUCGGUUUUCUCAAAACAAAACAAUUAUCCUGUCUUAUCUGAAAAUGCAGGGUUGUGGGCAAAAGAGGCUGGUUAUAAUAAUGCCCUCAUAUUGAGUGGUCUGUAAACGGCUGCACACUUCAGGCACUGUGGUUGCUGAGGAUGCUUUGUUAAGUGUGACCUUGACUGGCUUUUCACAGGGGUGUAGUAUCCUCUAGCCGAGGUGACUGUUUGCAUCUACCUUGCUUUUGAGGUGGAUACAGUUAAGGAGAAGCUGGAGUGUGUAAGCCAUGCACAUAAGUAUUCUUCACUGUAAAUUUUGUUUUCAUUUUUAACCCAAUUAUGGUACUUUGUCCAAUGCACAGCUGAUCUCUCAGUAGAUAUUCAUUUGAAAAUAGUGUGGCCUUGACCAGUGAGAAGGGGAAGGAGAAAAGUGACUUUUUUGCUUAUGUAAAAAUGACUUGUUUGCCGAGAGCUGUCAUUCUGCAGCACUCCUUAAGUUGGAUGUUUUCCAUCGAUCGGUCUCCUUUUUGAUUGGGGAAAGGUAAUGUUUUUGACCCUGGAGCUAAUUCAAUUGAGUUUUCUUCUACUUUUUGGAAGCAUCAGAAUUGCUCUGAUGAAUAACAGAGUUGACUGCUUGAUGUCCAAUCUCAGGUUGUAGAACAUAGUGGUGUGAAACCCCACUAUUAUUAAUUCUUAAGGCAGUUUUAAUUUAGUGCACCCUAAAAGUCACGUGCAUAAGGCCUGUUCAGAGAGCAGACCUCCAUCCACCCCGUAGCUCCUUUCCCACCUUCUGCUUCACUUGAAAAAGUGUCAAGUGAUGUUGCAUUGUAUAUUUCCAUUUUAACCCUGACAUACUUCUCUAAGAUAAGCACUUUCUGAUCAUGAAAUACAUGGGAUCUUUGUGUGUUGUGGGUCAUGGUUUCUCAGGCUCCCCUAGCUAAUCUGUUUAGAGUAUUGUUCUAGCUCUGUGUAAGGAGAAUAGAAAUCUUUGCUGUGGUAGAAAGUUUGUAGUGUUGAUCCAGAAUGCAUUUUGCUAGUUUCCAAUGGAUGGGAGAGUAAACAAUGCUGCAUUCAGAAUUCCCAAGUUACUUUCCCUUGAGCCUUAAGGUAGCCUUUUCUUUUCUGUCAGCCAUGGCACUGAAGUCAGAGGAAAUGAAUGAGAUUAUCAGUUUUCAGGGUUGGUUUUAGAGUACUGUAAAUCAAUUAGCUGUCUUCCUAAAGAGUUACAACUCCAUUCAGUAU